UUUCAAAGAAUGGCAGCUGAUACAAAGUUGCUCAUGGACUUCCAAUUUGUAGGUCUCUUUCUGUUGAGUUUUCAUCAACUAAGCUGUACCCCAGACUCCAGGGACACUCAAUCCAUAGUGACUCUUUUAACUCCUCGAAGCUAUGUCUUGAAUAGAAUUAUGAUUAAGCUUGAAAUUCAUUUAAAAUAGAUAUACUUUUCUAUAAUUCUUCUUAUUUCUCAUUUCCUUAUCAACAUUACUUUGUGAUGCUCUUGUAAUUGACAUCAAAGUUCUCAUGUUUUAACAAAUGAACAGCAGGGAAUUCAAGAGGAAAACAGAAAGCGUCAACCGUGACAACCAGUAGCAAACCAUGGAGAUCAAGGGUAUAAUAUUUUAGAUCCAGUGGUAGCGAACAUGAUUUGCUCAAUAUUUUUUUUUGUCUUGAAAUGGUGAUGAAGAGAUUUGAACCCAGUUUCCAACAUAGGUUACAUCUCUUCUGACAAUUCAGCCAAAACCAAUGUCAUUUGUCCUAGCAACCCAGUGAUGAUCUGGCAAGUCUCCGAAGUGAAGAAAUUUCAUCCAGAUCAGGCAAUGCAAAGUGGAAGAUGCAUAAAUAUUUAAGGCGAUCAAGUGCCAUAUUCUGUCAAAUUUGUUGCUAACUAACAGACAAGAAAUGUGGAAGGCCAAGUUAAACUUGCUAAUGCUGUCUUGAAUUUUGAUUACAAUAAUGGAUGCAUUUGCUAUUGAGUACAAAAAGAGCGUUGUGAGAUUGGGUGUUUUGGGAAGCUUCUAUAAGGUAGGGUCGAGAUUUUAGCAAUUGUCUCCAUUUAGUAAAAUUUCUACUCGGCUCUUCCAGUGAAAUUUAGUAGUUGUGUUUUUAUCUUUCUUUCAUCAUCUCUUAUUGUAUCAAAAUAGUUGGGAACGUGAAAAUUGCACCAAAUUGGAAUUUUAAUGUAUUUACUUCACCAGAAAAAAAUUUCUUUCAAUGAAUAAAGAUUGUGAUGUUAU